GUCAAACGUGCACAUAUAUACGUUCACUGUAAAAAGAUACGUAUUGUGUCUCUGACGAUAAAUAACAAAAUGGCAUCUUACUCAGAGGAUCAGUUAGCAGGUCAAGAAUAUCGUUUACCUUAUUAGACCCACCCUGGUGACAUCGAUUUACGUGUCGGUGAUUUCCUUUUAUGGUUAGGCACCUGAAAGAAAUAGCAGCAGGAAAGAAGAAACGAAGACAGAAAUCGAGUAGCAUUGCGUCGUAGCGUCUUUAUCAAGAAUUAACUAACAGAAUGAUGUCAUCAAUUGAGGAAUUUCAAGAGGCGUUUCAACUAUUUGACAGCCGAGGAGAUGGAAAAAUUCAUGUAGCUCAAAUUGGUGAUGCAUUACGUGCUUUAGGGCAAAAUCCAACUGAAUCAGAUGUCAAGAAAUUUACUCAUCAACAUAAACCUGAUGAACGUAUUAGUUUUGAAGUAUUUCUACCAAUUUAUCAAGCUAUAAGUAAAUCUAGAACUUCUGAUACUGCUGAUGAUUUUAUAGAAGGAUUGCGCCACUUUGAUAAAGAUGGAAAUGGUUUUAUUUCUUCUGCAGAAUUGAGACAUCUUUUAACCACACUAGGUGAAAAACUUAGUGAUGAAGAAGUUGAAACCUUAUUAGCUGGUCAUGAAGAUUCACAGGGUAAUAUUAAUUAUGAAGACUUUGUUCGUCAAGUAAUGUGCGGUUAAAUUUAUUUUAAUAGAUACAGUAAUUCAAGUAAUUCAGUACAUUAAUCAAAAAAAUUUUUAUCUAUUAUAAAAUCUUUUAUAAACAUUUUUUAUCUUUUUGAUUUACUUA